GGGACUGCCUGGGCGCCGCCUUCGAGGGCGAGAGCACGGUGAAGCUGCCCGACCUGCUGCGCUUCCUGCGCGGCCUCGAGCCGGGCCCGAGCGGCGGGGAGCCGGGUAGCGCCCGCAGAGAAACUCUCUCCUACACAGACGAUACAGCCAUGUCUAGGUCUGUGGUACAGUCCCUGCUAGCCAAGCAAGAAUUUGAUGAAGUUGAUAUGGCUAGGAGGUUUGCUGAGGAAUAUAAGAAGGAACCAAACCGGGGCUAUGGAAUGGGGGUUGUCACUGUAUUUAAAAAACUUCUGAGCCCCAAGUGCAGCGAUGUGUUUGAGCCGGCAAGAGCACAGUUCAGUGGGAAAGGCUCCUAUGGGAAUGGUGGUGCCAUGAGGGUUGCAGGCAUUUCGCUCGUUUAUUCUGACAUUCAGGAUGUGAAAAAGUUUGCGAAGCUCAGUGCUGAGCUGACCCACUCUAAUUCGCUGGGCUAUAAUGGAGCCAUCCUGCAGGCUCUGGCAGUACACCUCGCCCUACAGGGAGAGCUCAGCAGGGAGAGCUUCCUGGAGCAGCUGAUUGGCCACAUGGAGGACGUGGAAGCGGAUGAUAAGUCUCUGGCUGAUGCACGAGCGUUGGGCUUUGAGGAUUUACCCUUUUCAAGGCGCCUGAAGAAGAUAAAGGAAUUUUUGGAGCUCAGCACAGUUCCAAAGUCAGAUGUAUUGUUUGAAUUAGGCAAUGGGGUUGCUGCUCUGCGGUCUGUCCCCACUGCGAUUUACUCCUUCCUGCGCUCCAUGGGAUCUGACCCAGAUAUUCCUGAUCACUACAACAAUCUGCAGAGGGCCAUUAUCUACUGUAUCUCGCUGGGUGGAGACACAGACACUAUAGCUACUAUGGCUGGAGCCAUUGCAGGGGCUUACUAUGGGGAGGAGCAGGUACCCGCAAGCUGGGAGCAGAGCUGUGAAGCUUUUCAAGAGACAGAGAAGGUGGCAAAUAGCUUAUAUGAGCUCUACUGCCAACGACUCUGACAUUGUGUGCCAAAGGUACAGCCAGCAACCUCGCUGGUCAGAUCUACACCAUCAUCAACCACCAGUCGGCCCUCCACUCUCAGAAUGGCCCUUUUGGUCAGGUGCUAUGUGGUGAAAAUGAGAGCUGGGUAUUAGAGACAAGACAUAUUUCUCUGAUUCAGUUUGUCUGGCGAGUGUGAAUGGGGGAUACUUUAAAUGGUUAUGUUUAUUUCUCCACCAAAACUCACCAGCAUUGCCUGGUUUCUGGUGAGAUCUCUGCUCUUUACUCUGUCCUCUCCUUCUGCCCUUGUCUCUUUCUGUUUAAACACUUGUUAAGAUUCCAAGGGGGAGGCGUGCAGAAUCCAGAACCUUUCUGGUUUCCCUCCAUUGGCUUCCAAAAGCUGUGGCCUGUCCUUGAAACAUUCACAGUCUAAUUUGUAGUAGCACUUGGGUUGCCCUGUAGCCCUCUUACACUUGUAUUUCACUCGCAGAGGUUGAACAGCUGAAUGGGCAGUGUUGGUGCAUGGGGGUCCAACAGAAAGAUGAAUUACUGGAAAAGCCUGGAAUAUUACUCAGAAAAGUCUGAAGUCCCAGCAUUCAGGAAAAUGGUAUACUGGCUUGCAAAGCCUCCUUAGAGUGAGCUCUGCUCUAGAGACAGAAUGAGAAGAACCGAGUGGGGUUAGGAUAGAGGUUGCCUCAUCCAUCUUGUGGCAUUGUAAGCAGUAUUAUUGGCCAGCAUGGGUAGGAUUCCAUAUUACUUGUUCCAGUAGGAGUAUGUCAUGGUUUUUGCCAUUGUUUUCUCUCCUUUGCUGUCUGAAUUACACUUGCUCUUGAUUCUGGCCUUGACGCUCAUGCUGCUGGAGCUACACCCUUUGCUACCAUUGCCUAAUUAACACCCAUUCUAUACAUAAUCCAUUGCAUCUACCAAGGAUGCUAGUACAUCUGUGGGAAGGGAUAAUGUAGUAAAACCUAGUGGUACAUAGGGGUCAGAUCUUACUUCCCUCAAGGGAAUGGCAAAAAUCUGAAUUUGGUAGGAGUAGGUUUUAACUCUGCUUUAAAAGUGUGCAAUCAAUUAUUUAAAAAGGGGUGGAAGGGCAGUUUCUGUGGAGAGUGUACCUCUGUUAAGAAAUGUGCACUCAGAGGCUAUAACAAAAAUAAAGCAGCCUGGUUCAUCAGUUGGAAGCGUAUACACUUCAUCUAGCAGAAUUGGAGCAAGAGGAGAUGAUCUGAGUUUGUAAACAGGCAGAAUCAUGUCGAAAUGGUUUGUGAAAUGUCUGAAGUCGUUAAACCAAACAAAACAGAGAAAUAAAAAACAAACAAACAUCCUGUUUGCAGGAAGCCGUCAUAUGGAAACGUUUAUAAAUCUGAAUGUUCCAAAGUAAUUCUAUAUAUAUGUAUAUUUUUUUAUUGAGACUGGGAAGUGAAUGCAUUGCCAACAUGGGGCUCUUGCCCAGCAUGAUAUCAGCCUACAGUUUUUCUAUUUCAGAUUGAUGGUACGUGUGAAAAAUCUGACUGUAAUAUAUUUGUUCCUCACCUUUCCUGUACUUUGUUUCCUUGAAGUCUUGAGUCUUGUGUAUGAAGCUUUGCUGGAUUUUCCUUCUAUAAAUUGGAAUACUUUGUCCUAUAAAUGUGUGGAAUUACGAGCCUGCUGCGAGCAUGGAUUGUAUUGCAAAUUUGCAGAAAAUUUAAAGUGUCUUGUUGUAUUUACUUUAAGAUUCUGUUGUUUUCAAUGAAGACAUUUUAAAAAGCAAA